UUGCUUUCCCUGCCUCCCCGCCCCCUGCGUGGUUAGAGCUUUUUGGGGUUUGGCUGUGGUCGCGGUGAGUUGGUGGGGGGCCAGGCGUGUUAAGGUAAAGUGAGUCCCCCCCCUCCUCCCCAAGAGGGACUCCCCACCGUCAUGGCCUGUUCCAUCGUCCAGUUCUGCUACUUCCAGGACCUCCAGGCCGCCCGGGACUUCCUCUUCCCUCAGCUGCGGGAGGAGACCCCCAGCGGCGCCCUGCGGAGGGACCCCAGUAAAUCAACCAACUGGGAAGAUGAUGGCUGGGGAGCGUGGGAAGAAACGGACCCACAAGAACCUGAAGAAGAAGGAAAUAUGUGCAAAACACAAAAAACUUCUUGGCUUCAAGACUGUGUUUUAUCCUUAUCUCCAACCAAUGAUCUCAUGGUUAUAGCUCGGGAACAAAAAGCUGUGUUUCUAGUGCCAAAAUGGAAGUGCACUGAUAAAGGAAAGGAAGAAAUGCAAUUUGCUGUUGGUUGGAGUGGUUCUCUGAAUGUUGAAGAAGGGGAACGUGUAACUAGUGCCCUCUGUAUCCCACUAGCAAGCCAAAAGAGGAGUUCCACUGGACGCCCUGACUGGACCUGCAUUGUAGUGGGUUUUACUUCAGGCUACGUACGCUUCUACACUGAGAACGGUGUGCUUUUGCUUGCACAACUUUUGAAUGAAGACCCAGUACUUCAGCUUAAAUGCAGGACCUACGAAAUCCCCCGACAUCCUGGCGUGACUGAGCAGAAUGAAGAAUUGAGUAUCUUAUAUCCAGCCGCCAUUGUGACUAUUGAUGGAUUUAGCCUUUUUCAGUCUCUUCGUGCAUGUCGAAACCAGGUAGCUAAAGCUGCAGCAUCAGGAAAUGAGAACAUCCAACCACCACCCUUAGCUUAUAAGAAAUGGGGUCUACAAGAUAUUGACACUAUUAUUGAUCAUGCGAGUAUUGGUAUUAUGACAUUGUCCCCUUUUGAUCAAAUGAAGACUGCCUCCAACAUAGGUGGAUUUAAUGCAGCAAUUAAAAACAGCCCACCUGCCAUGUCCCAGUAUAUCACUGUAGGGUCCAAUCCAUUUACUGGCUUCUUCUAUGCUCUCGAGGGAAGCACGCAGCCAUUGCUAUCUCAUGUUGCACUAGCAGUUGCAAGUAAACUCACUUCUGCUUUAUUUAAUGCUGCCAGUGGUUGGCUUGGUUGGAAAAGUAAGCAUGAAGAAGAAGCUGUCCAGAAGCAAAAGCCCAAGAUGGAACCAGCUACCCCAUUAGCUGUAAGAUUUGGACUUCCAGAUUCUCGACGCCAUGGUGAAAGCAUCUGUCUGUCUCCUUGCAACACACUAGCAGCAGUAACGGAUGAUUUUGGCAGGGUGAUUUUAUUGGAUGUAACUAGAGGAAUUGCAAUACGUAUGUGGAAAGGGUACCGAGAUGCACAGAUUGGAUGGAUUCAAAUUGUAGAGGACCUCCAUGAAAGAGUACCAGAGAAGGUGGAUUUUUCUCCCUUUGGAAAUACUCAGGGUCCCAGUCGAGUAGCUCAGUUCCUUGUGAUUUAUGCACCAAGAAGGGGAAUUUUAGAAGUCUGGAGUACGCAGCAGGGACCUAGAGUAGGAGCUUUCAACGUGGGUAAGCACUGCAGGCUACUGUAUCCUGGCUAUAAAAUAAUGGGUUUAAACAAUGUUACCAGUCAGAGUUGGCAGCCACAGACCUACCAGAUCUGCCUUGUUGACCCUGUGUCUGCAAGUGUGAAAACAGUGAAUGUUCCUUUCCACUUAGCUCUGAGUGAUAAAAAGAGUGAACGAGCCAAGGACAUGCACUUAGUGAAGAAACUAGCAGCUUUACUGAAAGUGAAAUCUCCUGAUCCAGAUAUGAUAGAAACAGAAAUAAAGGAAUUAAUUCUUGAUAUUAAGUACCCUGCAACCAAAAAACAAGCUUUGGAAAGCAUUUUGGCAAGUGAACGUUUACCUUUCUCCUGUCUUAAAAACAUCACUGAGACUUUAAUGGACACUUUAAAAAAUCAAGAGCUUGAGUCUGUGGAUGAAGGAUUGUUCCAGUUUUGUGCCAAUAAACUGAAAUUACUACAUCUUUAUGAAUCCGUCAGUCAAUUAAAUUCUCUUGAUUUUCAUUCAGACACGCCAUUUUCUGAUAAUGAUUUGGCUGUGUUGCUAAGGCUUGAUGAAAAAGAACUACAUAAGCUCCAGACACUGUUAGACAAAUAUAAGCAAGAGAACUCCAGAACUUCUGUUCGAUUUUCCGAUGAUAAGGAUGGUGUGUUGCCUGUAAAGACAUUUCUUGAAUAUUUAGAAUAUGAGAAGGAUGUGCUCAACAUAAAGAAGAUCAGUGAGGAGGAAUAUGUGGCUUUAGGUAGUUUCUUCUUUUGGCAAUGUUUGCAUGGAGAAAGCUCCACCGAGGAUAUGUGUCACACCUUGGAGUCUGCUGGCCUUAGCCCUCAGCAGUUGUUGUCCCUGCUCCUCAAUGUGUGGCUUUCCAAGGAAAAAGAUAUUUUGGAUAAACCCCAGUCUGUCUGCUGUCUUCAUACAAUGCUGUCCCUCCUGAGCAAGAUGAAAGUGGCCAUUGAUGACACCUGGGACUCCCAGUCUGUGUCCCCCUGGUGGCAGCAGAUGCGUGUGGCCUGCGUUCAGUCUGAGAACAAUGGAGCUGCUCUGCUGUCUGCUCAUGUUGGACAUUCUGUGGCUGCGCAAAUAUCAAACAACAUGAUAGAGAAAAAAUUUUCCCAGACAGCUUUGAGUGCUGAUACUGAGGCCCUCACUGAUUCCUGGGAGGCUCUUUCUCUUGACACUGAAUACUGGAAACUUCUGCUGAAACAGCUGGAGGAUUGUCUGCUACUUCAGACUCUGCUUCACACCAAGGGUAGCCCUCGAACCUCCAAAGUGUCAUCACUGCAAGCUGAGCCACUUCCCAGACUGUCUGUUAAAAAACUGCUAGAAGGAGGAAGAGGUGGCAUUGCAGACAGUGUAGCCAAGUGGAUAUUUAAACAGGACUUCAACCCUGAACUGUUAAAACUGGCUAGGAAAGAAGGAGAAGUAGAAAAUCCAGAUGAACUCAAAGAAGGAAUGAACAAAUGUCUUCUUGACGUGUUUGAGGAGGGGAUGGACUUAGGCACUAUACCAGACUUGCUGCAUUUAGCCUAUGAGCAGUUUCCUUGUAGCCUAGAGCUUGAUGUGCUGCAUGCACACUGCUGCUGGGAGUACGUUGUUCAGUGGAAUAAAGAUCCAGAGGAAGCACGUUAUUUUGUUAGGUCAAUAGAACACUUGAAGCACAUUCUUAAUGCACAUGUUCAGAAUGGCAUUGCACUGAUGAUGUGGAAUACAUUCUUGGUUAAAAGGUUUUCUGCUGCUACAUACUUGAUGGAUAAGGUUGGAAAAUCACCGAAGGAUAGGUUAUGCCGAAGGGAUGUGGGGAUGAGUGACACAGCAAUGACAUCUUUCCUGGGCUCCUGUUUAGAUCUUCUUCAGACAUUACUGGAGGCAGAUGUUAGCAGGGAUGAAAUGCAAGUGCCUGUCCUGGACACCGAGGAUGCUUGGCUGUCUGUGGAAGGCCCAAUCUCCAUAGUGGAACUGGCCCUGGAACAGAAGCACAUCCACUACCCGCUGGUGGAGCACCAUUCCAUUCUGUGCUCCAUCCUCUAUGCAGUCAUGCGCUUUUCUCUGAAGACUGUGAAGCCACUUGCACUUUUCGAUAGUAAGGGGAAAAAUGCAUUUUUCAAAGACCUAACUUCAAUUCAGUUAUUACCAAGUGGGGAAAUGGAUCCAAAUUUUAUUUCUAUACGACAACAGUUCUUGUUGAAAGUUGUUAGUGCAGCUGUCCAGGCCCAGCAUUCAGUGACCAAGGAGCAGGACUCUUCAGAAGAGGCAGCAACCACUCCUGGGAAAGAGCCAGACUGGCCGGGGCUGGCCUUGGACUUAGCCCAUCACCUUCAAGUUAACGAAGAUGUUGUUAGAAGGCAUUAUGUGGGGGAGCUCUACAACUAUGGAGUUGACCACCUAGCAGAAGAGGCCAUUCUACAGGUUCAUGACAAAGAGGUACUUGCCUCUCAGCUGCUGGUGCUGACAGGGCAGAGGCUGGCUCAUGCACUCCUCCACACCCAGACCAAAGAAGGGAUGGAGCUGCUGGCUCGACUUCCACCCACACUCUGCACUUGGCUGAAGGCUAUGAACCCUCAGGAUCUUCAAAACACUGAAGUGCCCAUUACAACAACUGCUAAACUAGUAAACAAAGUAAUGGAGCUUUUACCAGAAAACCAUGGGCAGUAUAGCCUAGCCUUGCACCUCAUUGAAGCUGUGGAAGCCAUAUGUAUUCCUUCUUUAUGACACUUACCUACUGAAAAUAGUCUAAACUUGUGUGACUAAAACCUGAAUUAGUGCAUGGCCAUUUUACAUAGUAAGAAUUGGAAUUGUGUGGAAUAUGUCUUUUGUUUUUGUAAAAUAAAAUAUAUAUAUUAUAUAUAUAUUACUUUCAAAAUGUGCAAUCCUAGGUAAAAUCCACUCCUUUGGUUAAUACUGAAGAUAAAAUAUGAAUCAAUACUAAUUAUACUAUACUAACAAUACAGAUGUUUACUGUUUAAAUUUCAAACCCUUAGGUAGUUUUAUUGUUAAACUUUGGUAUUUAAAUUGGUUCUCAUUUAUAGAUUAUGUUCUUAUAGAAGUCUACAUUUCAUACCAUUGCUGUGACAAGAUUUCAAUGUAUUCAUAUCCAAUCACCAUAUGCAAAGUUAGAGGAACAUCCUGCUUUCUUUUAAAAACUCCAAGCAACUUUGUUAACAGGCUAGCCGGGCACCAUUCCCCCCAUGGGUGCUGCCAGGCUCCUUUCCAGGGUGCUGCCAUCUGGAGGAGGAAAGGAACAAGUUUGAGGCCUUCUUCAGAAGGGACACAGGUAGCACUCUUGUAGUCCUAGCCAAAAUUGAGGAUCUGAGAUGCAGAUGCAGUAAAAUCAAUAUAAUGUAAUUCAGAUUUGCUUUUUUGCCAAGUUAUAUCCACAUCAGGAAAUUGUAAAAAAAAAAAUGUAUUAUCUUGUAAAAACUUAUGUAAAAAGUGGGGGAAGGGGAUUCUAAAAUAUCUUAAGUCCACCUUUAUUUUUCCUACAAGUGUUUAGAAGUCUGCUUUUAGGGUGGGUUGUGUAAUCAGUCCCCAGGAAUGUUCAGGAAAGUGCUUAUUGAUACUCCAGCUUUAGCAAACCUACCUCACAGCUGGGUGGAAAGGAUACAGUAGAACUAAUUUUGUACCCUACAGUGCCUAGCGCAGUCCAAGUGCUAAAUAAAUAUUUUUUUUAUCCAAACCAAACUAACCAAAAGUCUGCAAGAAGUGUUUUGAAUUGCACAAAUACAAGUAUGUAUUGUGCUGUGUGUUUGGGAUGUAGCCACGCUGAUAAGUGUGGUAUCUACCGCGGGUCACAGUUUUCAGUCACUAAUGUGACACAGAACUUGCUUUC